UUUUUCGCGUAUUUGCCCCGACACCCACCGCCGCCCUCGCCCCCCUUCCCAUCGCGAUCUCUGUACCUCGCCGUCGUCGCCCAACUCGGUCGCCUCUCUCGGAGGCGAUUCCUUCUCCUUCCCUUUUCGAUCUCGUUUAUCCGAUCUCUCUGGAUAGUUUUCCCCUUCUUCCUUCCGACCGCUCUCCGUCGGUCAUCGCCCUCUCUCUGGCGAGUCAGUUUUCUGUUCUUUUCACGACCUUUGUUUGUUUCUUCGUCCUCGCACGCCAAUACCGUCCCUUGAUCCCUCAGAUCAAUCUAUCCUGACCGCGGGCUGUGCUCUCUCGCCCGCAACAUCCAAUUUUCAGAAUCCAGCGGCUAGAGCUUCCUUUUCCUCCUAGAUGACGUAGUUGUUCCUGUUCGACUCCAUUGUUCAGGACAGAGCCAACAAAUAGGUUCCUUCGCCUUUUCUUGCUUGCUGCCUUUGCUAUCCUCCCUGUCAAUCCGCUGCCUCAGAGGAAGACAAAGAUUCAUCAAUGAUUUAGAUCCACGUGAUUCGCUGUUGAUGCUUAGAUUCAGUGACAUGACUUCAGAGGAGAUUGGGAAGGCUGCUAUUAGGUGUGCCAUCCAAGCCCUUCGUAAACGGCACUUGGCUGAGGAAGGCGCCCAUGCUCCAGCUAUCAAUGCACUCUCCAGACCCCUCGUGGCACAGGGCUUGGAGUGGAAGGAGAAAGCUGAAAAGCUUGAACUAGAACUGCAACAAUAUUACAAAGCUCAUACACGAUUGUCCGAUCAACUUGUCACUGAAAUUGCAGAAUGCAGGGAAGCAAAAGCCCUUGUUCAAGAGAAAGAAGAAUUGCUCACCAAUUUGCAAAUUGAGAUGUCACAAACAAGGGAAGAAAACCUACAACUUAGUCAUGAUUUAGAGGAAAAGACAAAAGCAUUGGAUUUGUUAAUUAGUGAAAAUCAGUCGAUUAAGGCACAACUUGAGGAGAUUAGAAUAAAGCUGAUAAAAACAGAGUCAGAGAACAAGGAAUUAAUUGAUAGAUGGAUGCUAGAGAAAAUGAAUUCUGCAGAAAAGCUGAAUGAGGUUAAUGCAAUGUAUGACUACGUGAUGCAACAAUUCAAGAUGUCCAGCAUCGAACAACUUGCCAAACAACAAGUCGACGGAGUAGUUCGCCAAAGGGAAGCAGGAUAUGUAGAUCAUGUCGAGUCAACAAUUCCGUCUUACUGCAAGCACACCAUCCAGAGUCAUGAAGGUGGGUGCGCUGCCAUUUUGUUUCAAAACAAUUCCGAUAAGUUGAUCAGUGGUGGUCAGGAUCGAACAGUUAAGAUCUGGGAUAGCAACUCUGGAACCCUAGUGUCCACUCUCCAUGGCUGCCUUGGGUCAAUACUUGACCUUGCUGUUACACACGACAACCGAUCCAUCAUUGCAGCAAGCAGUUCAAAUAACCUUUAUGUGUGGGAAGCCAGCUCUGGUCGGGUACGCCACACACUGACUGGCCACACCGAGAAAGUUUGCACUGUCGAUGCUAGCAAAGUCUCUAACCGCAAUUUAGUCAGUGCUGCCUAUGAUCAUACCAUCAAAGUGUGGGACCUAAUGAAAGGUUACUGCACUAACACCAUCAUCUCCCAGAGCAACUGCAACGCACUUUCCUAUAGCUUGGACGGGCUCACCUUCUGCUCCGGUCAUGUGGACGGAAACCUUCGGAUAUGGGACAGCCGGAUGGGGAAAACGAUAAGUGAAGUAGCUGCACAUUCUCAGGCAGUCACAUCAGUUUGUGUAUCACAAAGUGGUAACCUGGUGCUGACUAGUGGGAGGGACAACCUGCACAAUUUAUUCGACCUGAGAACAUUAGAAGUGUGUGGGACAUUCAGAGCCAGCGGGAACAGAGUGGCAUCGAACUGGAGCAGAUCAUGUAUCAGCGCCGACGAGAACUGCAUUGCGGCUGGGUCAGCUGAUGGAUCAGUCCACAUAUGGUCGAGGGUAAAGGUAAAGGACAAUGGUCUGAGCAUUUUGGAAGGGCAUUCGUCGCCGGUUGUGUCAUGUUCGUGGAGUGGGCUGGGAAAGGCUUUGGCUUCUGCUGAUAAGAAUGGGAAUUUAUGCAUAUGGUGUUGAUUGUUUGAUUAAUUGGCUGAUAGAUCUUGUGAAUUGUUUAGAAGUGAAACUUUGUUUCCUAAUUAGUUUGCUUGUGAUUA